AUGCAGUGGUCGAGUGCUAUCGCCGUGGCCGUCGUCGCGAUCCUCGUUCUCGCGACGCGCGAUGAGCUCAUCGGCUCCUCGGACGCCAUCGCCGCCAAGUUCCCAGGCGACACCAUGGACCUCCGCGCCAUCGUGAGCCCGCGCUUGUCGGGCGUCGGCAUCCGCCUCUUUGCGCAGCUCACGCGCGUGCCUGUGAUCGGCCGCCUCGUGCUUCAAGUGCUCCGCGCCGACAACGACGUCAUUGCCGUGCGCGAGUUUGCGUCAACCGUGACCGACUCGCCCAUGUACUACCCCGUGCACGUGCUUGGCGCCGACGAGCGUGCGGCCCACGACGCCAAGGCCGCCGGGUUUGACGUUCACGAUCUCACGUUUGCGCCCAUUGGCGAGAACCUAGCCUUCCAGCGCUGGACGAUCCAGGAUUACACGGACAAGUACAAGGCGGGCGCCGUGACGCCGCUGCAGGUGGCGAAAGCCGUUUUGGCCGCGAUCGCCGAGUCGGAUGCCCGGCCCGUCCCUCUGCGUGCGUUCAUUGAAGUCAAAACCGACGAAGUUCUGCGCGAAGCCGCCGCGUCGACAGCGCGGUACGCUGCGGGAAAGCCGAUGGGCGUGCUGGAUGGCGUGCCCGUUGCCGUCAAAGACGAGGUCGACCUCGCAGGUUACAACUCGACGUACGGCACGGGCUUUCUCGGUCCCCUCAACGGCCCCGUGGCGCUUGAUGCACCGCCGAUUGCGCGUCUCCGGGCGGCUGGCGCGCUCUUCGUCGGCAAGACCAACAUGCACGAGUGCGGUCUCGGCACGACCGGCAUCAACCCGUCACAUGGCACUGUGCGCAACCCGUACAAUCAAAACCACAUGACGGGCGGUUCCUCGAGCGGGUCGGCGGCGGCCGUCGCCGCGGGCUUGGUGCCGCUUGCGAUCGGCGUUGACGGCGGCGGCUCGAUCCGCAUCCCCGCCGGUCUCUGCGGCGUCGUGGGCUUGAAGCCCAGCUACCAGCGCAUCCCGUGCUACUUUCCCGCGUCGCCGAGCUUGGCGUAUGUGGGGCCGAUCGCUGGAUCCGUCCAAGACGCCGCUCUGGCGUAUGCCAUCAUGUCGGGGCCCGAGGCAACGCUGCCGAUGAGCCAGCUCCAGCCGCCCGUGCACAUUGAUGCGACCGCGCUCGAAUCGACGGCCCUCCAAGGCGUGCGCGUCGGCAUCUUCCGCGAGUACCUCCAAGGCACGGACCCCGAGAUCGUUGCGGCAUUCUGGGCCACGGCGCGGCACCUCGAGUCGCUUGGUGCGACGCUUGUCGACGUGGUGAUUCCCAACUUGCAGGCGAUUCAUUUCAGCCACUCGGUCACGAUCGUGAGCGAAGAGGCGCUCAACGCCGAUGCGCAUUACGACAAGAUCGCGUCGUUCUCGCCCGAGGUUCAGAUCACGCUCCAGUUUAGCCGCAGCGUGUUUACGAGCAUGGACUUUGUCGCGGCGCAGCGCAUUCGAGGCUACGCCAUGCGCGUCACGAAAGAGCUCUUCCAGUCGAUUGACGUCUUGCUGACGCCGACGACAGGCGUCGCUGCGCCGGCGUUGACCCCGGACGUCUUCGAGUCGGGCCUGAGCGACCUGAGUUUAACGAUUGCGCUCAUGCGCUACAUCAUUCUCGGCAACUUUGCCGGCAUUCCGUCAAUGACGGUACCGGUCGGGUACUCGGCCGACGCCAAGCUGCCUCUCUCGAUGCUGCUGCAGACCUUCCACUACAACGAGCACGAGCUCUUGCAUUUGGCCCGUGUGCUCGAAAAGCACGCGCCGCCGGCCAAGCCCGCCUCGUUCUACUACUCGAUCCUUGACGACGCGACCAAGCACUAAGAUCGUAGUCGAAUGGCGACGUCGAAACGAUUUUCAUGUCUCGCUCGUCCUGCGAUCCAAAUACAUGCCCUAUGCACGGAA